AUGGUAGAUAUGUUCAUGGAUUCACCUGGGAAAAGCUGCCUGGGAGAUCGGCAGAGGCUGCAGAACCUGUAUGCUGUUCCCACAGUUCCUCCUCUACCAGAAGUACACAAAAUUGCCCAAAUAAAGACCAAGCUUACCUCCAAAGUUCCCAAGUCCAUGAGAAGAAACUUUGGACCAGGCUUGAAUUCUUCUCCCAGUAUCAAUGGGACAAAACGAGCCAUUGCUGAAGGCUAUGGCAAUCGUGUGGCUGGCUCGGUUGUACAGCAGCAGCCAUCACAAGAUUCUACGUUUGCUGCUUUGUCCCAAGUGGUCAACUCUGCAGCAGCAGUGAAUAAUCACAAAACUCAACUUCAGGGUCAGUUUGCAGUUCAAGCCCAAGAUGAUGAACAACAAACAAAAUCAAACUAUGUUUCUCCAUCCAUCCUGCAGCGACAAAAAAAUUUUCCACCAGCUUUAAAAUCCCAAGAAGUGACAAUCAUUCCGCCUUUUCAAAACACACUGAAAGUAAAGGCUGGCAACCCCUCUCACAAUGGCCGUGUGUGCAGUACAUGGGGUAACUUCCACUUCAAGACCUUUGAUGGGGACAUCUUUUACUUCCCUGGGGUCUGCAAUUACAUCUUUGCAUCCAACUGCAAAUCUCCCUAUGAGGACUUCAACAUCCAGAUUAGGCGUACAAUAGUGGAAAAUGCUACCAUGAUCACUCACGUCAUCAUGAAGCUGGAAGGAACAGUAAUUGAACUGACCCGCAGCUCUGUCCUGCUUGAUGGCAAACCGGUUCAGAUGCCUUACAGCCAUAUGGGAGUCUUGAUAGAGAGAAGCAACAGCUAUUUGAAAGUUUCUGCCAAAUUAGGUCUGACCUUCCUUUGGAAUGAAGAGGAUGCCCUCCUGGUUGAACUAGAUAAGAAAUAUGCCAAUCAAACUUGCGGACUUUGUGGGGACUUCAAUGGAAUUCCAAUUAGCAAUGAAUUUAUUUCCGAGAAGACAAAACUGACUCCCAUACAGUUCGGGAAUAGGCAGAAAAUGGAUGGACCCACAGAGCAGUGUGCUGAUCCUAUUCCUCCUGCUGUUCUGGUGAACUGCUCAGCUGAAUUUGCUUCUAUCUGUGAGACAGUGUUAACCAGUAAAGCAUUUACAGGCUGUAAUGCACUUGUGAAUGUUCAGGACUACAUUGAAACUUGCAUACAAGACCUAUGCCACUGUGAUAGCUCUAUGGCUGACUUCUGCAUGUGCAACACCUUUGCUGAAUACUCCCGGCAGUGCGCUCAUGCAGGUGGACAGCCUCUGAACUGGAGAACAUCAGAACUAUGUCCGAAAUUAUGUCCUUUCAACAUGCAAUACCAGGAGUGUGGCUCUCCCUGCUCUGACACGUGCAGCAAUCCGGAACGAUCUGAACUUUGUGAAGAUCAUUGUACAGAUGGCUGUGUCUGUCCUCCAGGAAUGGUAUUUGAUGACAUUAAUGGUGUUGGCUGCAUUCCCCGUAAAGAAUGCCCCUGUACCUAUGAAGGUGAAACUUAUGCUCCUGGUGCCUCCUUCUCAUCUAAAUGCAGAUCAUGUACCUGCACUGGAGGUGAAUGGUCUUGUGUCACUCAGUCAUGCCCUGGGACUUGCAGUAUUGAAGGAGGCUCCCAUAUUUCAACAUUUGAUGAGAAAUAUUAUUCCUUCUUCGGAGACUGUAGCUAUGUCCUAACCAAGCUUUGCGACAGCAAUGAAUUCACUGUUCUGGGAGAUAUCCAGAAGUGUGGCCUGACUGACACUGAGACAUGCCUCAAGGGUAUAGCUGUCAGCCUAAGUGGAGGACAAACUAACAUUGUGAUCCAGCCUUCUGGCAGUGUAUUUGUGAAUAUGAUCUACACACAGCUGCCAUUCUCUGCAGCAAAUGUCACCAUAUUCAGACCAUCAUCUUUCUUCAUCAUUCUGCAAACAACCUUUGGUCUUCAGCUACAGGUUCAGCUUGUGCCUCUCAUGCAACUUUUUAUAGACUUAGACCCAUCACAUAAAGGGCAGACCUGUGGUCUCUGUGGAAACUUCAAUGACAUGCAGACAGAUGAUUUCAAAACCACCAGUGGUGUAAUAGAGGGUACUUCAGCUGCCUUUGGCAAUACUUGGAAAACUCGGGCUGAUUGCCCUGAUGCCAAAAAUACCUUUGAGAACCCCUGUACUGUCAGCAUACAAAAUGACCAAUAUGCUCAGCACUGGUGUGGACUGCUUUCUGAUACCAUGGGACCUUUUGCUGAAUGUCACUCAACAGUGAAUCCAGAAGUCUAUCAGAAGAACUGCAUGUUUGACACGUGUAACUGUGAGAAGAGUGAGGACUGCAUGUGUGCUGCCCUUUCCAGCUAUGUCAGGGCCUGUGCUGCUAAAGGAGUUCUCCUCACCGGAUGGAGGAGCAAAGCCUGCACAAAAUACACCACCUGGUGUCCGAAAUCCUUGAAGUACACUUACAAUGUCGAUUCCUGUCAACCCACCUGCCGGUCUCUGAGUGAGCCUGAUGUCACAUGCAGCAUCAAGUUUGUCCCAGUUGAUGGCUGCACCUGCGUAAAUGGAACCUACAUGGAUGAAAGUGGCAAAUGUGUGCCUGCUUCUAGCUGUCCUUGUUACUACAAAGGAAUGCCUCUGUCUUCUGGAGAAGUUGUUCAUGAUAAUGGUGUUGUCUGCACUUGCACCUAUGGAAAGCUGAGCUGCAUUGGAGAGAAACCUGAACCAGUCUGCAUAGCUCCCAUGGUCUAUAUUGACUGUGGUAAUGCCACUGCAGAUGUGGUAGGAGCAGGAUGCCAGAAGAGCUGUCAGACUCUAGAUAUGGAAUGCUACAGUACCCACUGUGUCUCUGGCUGUGUAUGUCCUCAUAACCAAGUGUUAGAUGGCAAAGGCGGCUGUAUAGCUCCAGAAGACUGUCCAUGUGUUCAUAAUGGGAAUUCCUACAGUCCAGGAGAAUCAAUCAGAGUUGGCUGUAACAACUGCACAUGUAGAAACAGGAAAUGGCACUGCUCCGAGGAACCUUGCCUGGAAACCUGCUCUGUUUAUGGAGAUGGGCAUUACACCACCUUUGAUGGCAAACGCUUUGAUUUUGAAGGAGACUGUGAAUAUGUUCUGGUCCAGAACUACUGUGGUCAACAAGGUAUGAAUCAGGGAACCUUCAGAGUCAUCACUGAGAACAUUCCAUGUGGCACUACAGGAACGACCUGCUCUAAGUCUAUUAAAGUUUUCCUGGGGAACUAUGAGCUGGUACUCAGUGAUGGACACUCUGAUGUCAUCCAGAGGACAUCUGGAGGAAAAAUGCCAUUCCAAAUCCAUUCCAUGGGCAUCUACCUGGUCGUUGACACUACUGUUGGCCUGAUACUCAUGUGGGACAAGAAAACCAGUAUAUUCAUCAAACUUAGUCCCAGUUUUCAGGGACAUGUCUGUGGACUUUGUGGAAACUAUGAUGGCAAUGGAAAUAAUGACUUCACUACUCGCAGUCAGUCUGUGGUAGGAAAUGUGUUGGAGUUUGCCAAUAGCUGGAAAGUGUCUUCUAGUUGCCCAAAUGCCAAUCGUACCAAGGAUCCAUGCACUGCGAACCCAUACAGGAAAGCCUGGGCUCAGAAGCAAUGCAGCAUCAUUACCAGUGAAGUGUUUGCAAAGUGUCACUCCCAGGUUGAACCAAAUGAAUAUUAUCAAGCAUGCGUGGAUGAUGCUUGUGCCUGUGACACUGGAGGAGACUGUGAAUGUUUCUGUACAGCAGUAGCUGCCUAUGCUCAAGCGUGCAAUGAGCUGGACAUCUGCAUUUCAUGGAGAACUCCAUCCAUUUGUCCUUUGUUCUGCGAUUACUACAACCCACAAGGGGAAUGUGAGUGGCACUACAAGCCAUGUGGAGCCCCUUGUAUGAAGACCUGCAAUAAUCCAAGUGGGAGCUGCCUUCAUGAGUUGAGAGGUUUGGAAGGCUGCUAUCCACACUGUCCAAAGAAUAAGCCCUAUUUUAAUGAAGAAACCAUGACCUGUGUUUCUAAUUGUGGCUGUUAUGAAAAUGGAAAAAACUACAAGCCAGGAAUGCAGAUGCCUUCAAAGCAGAAUUGUCAAUCAUG